AUGGACUCCAUGGCCGGCGACUCGCCGGAACUGUCCUCCUCCUUUUCCGGAGGCGGGGAGAAGAAAAAGGUGUACGUGGCGAUGGGGGCGGGGGAGUCCAAGGCCAUGGUGUUGUGGGCGCUGCAAAAGUUCCCCGACAGAGCCGCCGCCGCCUUCGUGCUGCUCCAUGUCUACUGCCACCCCAAAUUCAUCCCCAUCAUGGGCACUAGGAUUCCUGCUAGCCAGGUGCAAGAGCAGCAGCUAAUUGCACACAAGAAGAUGGAGCUGCAAAAGAUCAGUGACAUCCUGGACGAGCACCUGCUUUUGUGUGCACAGGAAAAGGUACAAGCUGAGAAGCUGGUGGUUGAAUCAGAUGAUGUCGCAGAUGGGCUACUGCAGCUCAUCUCUGAGCGACAUGUCACCGCGCUCAUCAUGGGGGCAGCAGCAGAUAAGCAUUACACAAAGAAAAUGAUGGCCCUCAAGUCUAAGAAAGCACAGGCUGUAGAACAACAGGCAGAUCCUUUCUGCAGAAUAUGGUACAUUUGCAAAGGAACGCUCGUUUACCGCAGGAUGGAUGUUGCCAUUAGCAAUGAAGCAAUGCGAGAAGAUAGGCGAAAGUCUGGUGAUCAGCAGUUUUCAGUGGAUAGAUCAACUAGCUUGUCAGACACAUGGUGUAUUUCAAACACAUGGCUACAUGAACCAAACCUCGGACAACAGACAGGAAGGACUAGUCCGUGCAGAUUGUAUGAUAAUGAAACGGACAUUGUUAGAGAAUUUGACAAGCCUGACAACAAAUUCAACCAUAUGCUCCAGGAGUUAGAGAGUGUAAGAAAACAAGCUUAUGAAGAAAAAUGCAGCCGCGAAAAGGCAGAAAGGGAGUUACUUGAGGCUUUCCAGAAAGCACGAGACUCCGAGAAUCUUUACUCAGGAGAAGUGAAGCAAAGGAAUAAAGCAGAGGAAAAGUUGACAGCAACAAUGGAGGAAGUUGAGAAACUCACAGAAACAACUGAUGAACUUUGUGCAAAGCUUCAAGAGGAACGCAAGAAAAGAUUGGCCCUGGAGAAGAGAACUGCCCACUCAGACCGAAUCAUCAAGGAUUUGAUGCUGCAACGUGACAAAGCUGUAAGAGAGGUAGAAGCGCUACAUGCAAAUAAAGGAGAAUCUAGUGCAACCACAGAGGGGGAAAUGCACAUCACGGUGUUAUCCUGCUCAGAGAUUAAGGAAGCAACCAACAACUUUGACCACUCAUUGAAGGUUGGAGAAAGUGUUUACGGAAGUGUGUAUAAGGGCUUUCUUCGGCACACAAAUGUAGCAAUAAAGAAGUUGAAUCCCGAUAGCACACAGUCACAGUCGCAGUUCAAUCAGGAGGUAGAAAUUCUCAGCAGGGUGCGGCAUCCAAACCUGGUUACUCUUAUAGGAGCUUGUAAGGAGGAUCAAACUCUUGUCUAUGAAUAUAUGCCCAAUGGAAGCUUGGAUGACCGCUUGGCUUGCAAGGACAAUUCUAAACCUCUUAGCUGGCAGUUGCGCACCCGCAUCAUUUCUGAUGUUUGCUGCGCGCUGAUCUUCCUCCAUUCUAAUAAACCUCAUAGCAUUGUUCACAGCGAUCUGAAAGCAUCUAACAUUAUUCUUGACGGGAAUAAUGUAGCUAAGCUCAGUGGUUUUGGUGUGUGCCGAAUGUUCACUGAUGCGUUCAGGAACACAACCACUCUAUAUAGGCAUACCCACCCAAAGGGCUCCUUUGCAUACAUUGAUCCUGAAUAUGUCAUGACUGGUGAUCUGACACCCCAAUCUGAUGUAUACUCUUUCGGGGUGGUGCUCCUACGCCUCUUGACUGGAAGACCAGGAUUUGGCCUGUUGAAAGAUGUACAACAGGCAGUGGAAAAGGGUUGCUUGGAAGCAAUACUGGAUUCAUCUGCUGGGGAUUGGCCAGCUAUGCAGGCUGACCAAUUGGCUCGGGUAGGUCUGAAGUGUUGUGAAAUCAGAAGAAAAAAUCGCCCUGACCUGCAAACGGAGGUUUGGACUGUACUUGAACCGAUGUUGAAAUCUGCUUCCGUUAAGCUAUGCUCCUUGUCAUUUAAAUCAGUAUCAGAAGACCUUGGUGGUGUGCCGUCCUACUUCAUCUGUCCAAUACUACAGGAUAUAAUGAGGGAGCCUCUAAUUGCUGCAGAUGGUUUUACCUAUGAAGCCGAAGCUAUAAGGGAGUGGAUCGACAGUGGCCACCGUACAUCACCCAUGACAAACCUUGAGCUACUCCACCAUGAUCUUUUGCCGAACCAUGCCCUCCGUUCUGCGAUCCAAGAAUGGCUGCAGACAAAUGCAAAUUAAUAUGUUAGCUUUAUUCCCAUGGAGCUUCAAAACGGAAAUAGCUGUGUGCUUAAUUCCUUACUUAGAUUAAUAGACACAAACCAAACAAUUCCGAGUUAUUCCCAAAGAGUGGCUUA